AGAGAGAAGAGAGAGAUAGAGAGAGAUGAAAAAGUCUUUCUCCACCUAUUCAUCAUCGUCUCCUCUUAGGAAGACUCGUGUUUCACCCUUUGUCUUUACUUUACUAGCUUUCAUCGUCUUCGUCGCCAUCAUCUACGGCCAAGACUUGGGUUGCCUUCUCAAACGACCCACUAACGAUCUCCGGCCAAACUCAGAACGGCAGAAGAAAUCGAGAACAGGUGAAUUGCCGUUUGCGGUGGGAAAGAUCAAAGAAGAGAAAUGCGAUGUAUUUAAUGGGAGAUGGGUUCGUGAUGAGUCCAAUCGGCCGAUGUAUGAGGAAUGGGAAUGUCCGUACAUACAGCCACAGUUAACCUGUCAAGAACACGGGAGGCCUGAGAAAGAGUACCAGCACCGGAGAUGGCAGCCUCAUGGUUGUUCCCUUCCCAGCUUCAAUGCAACAUUUAUGCUGGAGAAACUACGAGGGAAGAGGAUGAUGUUUGUUGGCGACAGUCUGAACAGGGGUCAGUAUGUCUCCAUGGUCUGUCUGCUCCACCGGAUCAUCCCUGAGCAUGCCAAAUCCAUGGAAACCUUCGACUCACUUACAGUCUUCAGAGCUAAGGACUACAAUGCCACAAUUGAGUUCUACUGGGCUCCGUUUCUUCUGGAAUCAAAUUCAGAUGAUGCAGUCAUCCAUAGAGUGACAGAUAGAAUUGUUCGUAGGGGUUCCAUCAAUAAACAUGGUCGUUUCUGGAAAGGAGCCGAUAUUGUAGUAUUCAAUACCUAUCUUUGGUGGAUGACCGGGAUGAAAAUGAAGAUCCUGCGGGGAUCUUUCAAUGAUUCAGUUAAAGACAUCAUUGAGAUGGAAACCGACGAUGCUUAUCACUUGGCAAUGAAGAGUAUGUUGAAAUGGGCACAGAAGAAUUUGGAUCCUCAGAAGACCAGAGUUUUCUUUACCAGCAUGUCGCCUUCCCAUGGGAGGAGCAUUGAUUGGGGAGGAGACCCAAAUGGAAGCUGUUACAAUCAAACAACUCCAAUUGAAGAUCCAAGUUACUGGGGUUCUGGACAAGACAAGAGAAUAAUGAGGGUGAUUGGGGAAGUGUUUAGUAAAUCAAAGGUACCCAUUACAUUUCUCAACAUUACUCAACUCUCAGAGUAUAGGAAAGAUGCCCAUACUUCCAUCUACAAGAAACAAUGGAGCCCUUUGACACCUGAGCAAUUAGCAAACCCUGUAAGCUAUGCUGAUUGUGUGCAUUGGUGUUUACCUGGACUUCAAGAUACUUGGAAUGAGCUCUUAUACGCAAAGCUCUUUUAUCCUUAGCUGUGUUGAUCCAUGAAUUUA